CUCCCUCUCCCUAAUUAGGAGCAGAUGCUUCCAGUCUGGAAGAGGAUCAACAGCCCAAAGAAAGAAAGAGGAGAAGGAGGAGAAGGAGGAGGUUGAGAUACCUGAGGAUCCUGCGGCCGGUCCUGAGGUCAAAUCAUGAAUAUUUUGGCUCCUGUCAGAAGGGACCGGGUCAUCACUGAAUUGCCCCAAUGUUUCAACAAAGAGGUGGCCUUGCAUUCCCGGUCGGACUUCCACCCGAAAGUGACCGCCACCUGCCAAGCCCAACGGACCGGGACGGUGGGGUUCAAGAUCUCAAAGAUCAUUGUGGUGGGUGAUCUGUCCGUGGGGAAGACCUGCUUGAUCAAUAGGUUUUGCAAAGACUCCUUCGACAAGAACUACAAAGCCACGAUCGGGGUGGACUUUGAGAUGGAGCGUUUCGAGGUGCUGGGGGUCCCUUUCAGCCUGCAGCUUUGGGACACCGCUGGCCAAGAACGCUUCAAAUGCAUCGCUUCCACCUAUUACCGGGGAGCCCAAGCCAUCAUUAUAGUCUUCGACGUGAGCGAUGUGGCGUCCCUUGACCAUGCAAGGCAGUGGCUGCUGGAUGCCCUGAAGGAGAACGACCCAUCCAGUGUCAUCCUUUUCUUAGUCGGGACCAAAAAGGACCUCUGUCCUCCUGCCCAGUACAGCCUUGUAGAGCGGGACGCCCUCAAAGUGGCCAAAGAGAUGCAGGCCGAAUUCUGGGCCGUCUCCUCGCUGACAGGCGAAGGCGUGAGGGACUUCUUCUUCCGCGUGGCCGCCUUGACCUUCGAAAGCAGCGUCCUGGCUGAACUGGAGCGAAGCCAUUCGCGCCGCAUUGGGGACGUCGUCCGAAUCCACAGCAACGAGCGGGAUUUGUACCAGACGGGAAAGCGCCGGAAAGGCAACUGCUGCCAAUGAGGACACGGCUGUAUUUGCCCACCGCGGGAUUUGCACUGAACUUUUGUAUUAAAAAAUAAAUUCCGGUACCAAAGGAAAACCAAAACGGAUCAAUGACUUUGAUGGAUCGAGACCAUCUUCCCAAUGGAGAGGAAGGAAACCCUCGUUGCAUUCCCCCCCAAAAAAUAUUGCAAUUUUUCGAGCUUUGCAGAAAUCCCAAGCCAUACUCUAUGUCCACCCAUGCCUUCUUUUUUCUAUCAAUGUAAUAGUAGUAAUAAUAAUAAU